AUGUGGACGCUCACUCUUCUCACCUCCAUCCUCGUGUUGAACACACCCGCAAGUAAAUGUGAGGAACCGGCAGGUGUUUUCUCCCCCGGGCACAUCAUCAUCGGGGGGCUGUUUCCCAUCCACACCGGGGUGGAACAACCAGGGGACUUCUCUCAACAAUCUUCUACCUGCAAGGGUUUCAGCCUGAUGGGUUUAGCUCACUCUCUGGUGAUGGUCCAGGCCGUGGUGAAAGCAAACUCCUCCGCUGUAUUAGGGAGUCUGGGCGUGACUCUGGGGUACCACAUCCACGACACGUGUUCUGAUGUCACCACGGCACUCAGGGCCACCCAGGACUUCACCACACCCGGCAACCGUCAGCCUGUUACCACCGUCAUCGGGGCCGACAGCUCGGAGAUUUCCAUCGCCGUGGCUCGAGAACUCAACCUGCACCUCGUCCCGCAGAUCAGCUAUGAGUCCACAGCCAAGAUCCUGAGUGAUAAGAACCGUUUCCCAGGAUUCUCUCGAACCGUCCCGAGCGAUGAGCACCAGAUCAGAGCCAUGGUGAAAAUCCUGCGUGCCCGGAACUGGACCUGGGUGGGCGUGGUCACUACGGACGGAGAUUACGGACUGGCCGCGCUGGAGAGCUUCGUGUCUCAGGCGGCCGAGGACGGAAUCUGUGUAGCUUUUAAGGAAAUCCUCCACGAUUGCCUGGGCGACCAGCUGAAGGUGAAUUCCUCCGUCUCUCACGCCGUUCGAACCAUCUCCGCUAACGCGAACGUGACGGCGGUGGUGUCGUUCGCCAGAGCCGAGCACAUGGAGAACCUGCUCAAGGGGCUGAUGGAGCGCAACGUCAGCCAGAAGUUCUGGAUCGCUAGCGAUAGCUGGUCGGUGUCUCAGAGCGUGGUGAGACCGGAGGAGCUGGAGCGCCUGGGCUGGGUGCUCGGACUCUCAUUUAAAGCCGGAGACCUGACGGAGGUUCAGGAGUUUGUGAGAGGUUUGGACUGGAAUGUUGAGGCUCAGCAGAACUCCUUCAUUAAAACGUUUCUCUCCAUCAGCGCUAAUGUCUCCACCGCUACAGAUGAACUGAUACUGAGCGCUCAGCCAGGCGUGGUGUUCAGUAUUCAGAUGGCCGUAAACGCCGUGGUUCACGCUGUGGAGCGACUCUGCAAGAACAGGAACUGCACCGAUCCAGGAACCGUCAAACCACCAGAGCUGCUGCAGGUUCUGAGGAACACCUCGUACCAGCUGGACGGCAUCUCGUAUAGGUUCGAUAAGAACGGAGACGUGGACCUGGGUUACGACGUCUCCAUGUGGAGGAAGAGUAACGACAGGCUGGAGACGCUGAACGUCGUGGCUCAGUACAACCAGAACGAUGCCAGUCUGAAUAUUGCCGACAUCCCUCCGAACCUGCAGUCGAGAUGCUCCAUCCCAUGUGAACCUGGAACCUUUAAGAAGAGCGCUGAAGGUCAACACACCUGCUGCUACCAGUGUAUUAAAUGCCCUGAGAACCAGUUCAGCAACCACACAGAUAUGAGCGAGUGCUAUAGGUGUGAUAAUGUGACGGAGUGGGCGGAGUCGGGCAGUCGGGCGUGUCAGAAGAAAACGCUGGAGUAUUUCUGCUGGUCUGACCCUCUCGCCAUCCUACUGCUGUUCUUCUCAGGGUUCGGUGUGAUGGUGGUGGCGCUCGUAUCGGUUCUGUUCUUCUGGUACCGGGACUCUCCGGUGGUGAAGGCCGCGGGGGGCUGGUUGUGCCAGCUCAUCCUGGCGUCUCUGAGCGUGAGCUUCUCCGGCGCCGUGCUGUUUGUGGGCAGGCCGACGGACGAUCAGUGUAAAGCUCGGCAGGUUCUGUACGGCCUCAGCUUCACCACGUGUGUCUCCUGCAUUCUGGUCAAAACCCUGAAGAUCCUGUUUGCGUUCUCUGAGGAACGUGAGCACGAGGCGCAGCGGCGACUGAAGAAGCUCUACGCCAGCGUGGGGGUCUGUGUGGCACUGCAGGUCAUCAUCUGUACCACCUGGCUGGUGGUGAAGAGCCCUCGAAGAACCUUGAGCUCGUUUAGCAUGAGUGUCCUGGAGGAAUGUGACGAGGGAUCCAACGAAGCUUUUGCUGUCAUGCUAGCUUACAUAGCGCUGCUAGCUCUGGUCUGCUUCAUCCUGGCGUACCGAGGACGUAAACUCCCUCAAAAAUACAACGAGACCAAGUUCAUCACGUUCGGCAUGCUUCUCUACCUCAUCGCCUGGACCAUCUUCAUCCCCAUAUACGUCAACACCAGAGGGAAGUACCUCCCCGCCGUGGAGAUGAUCGUCAUCCUGAUCUCCAGCUACGGAACCCUGAGCUGCCACUUCCUGCCCAAGUGCUACAACAUGAUCUUCAGGAAGAGUGAGAACACGGUGGAAGCUCACAUCAAGAACGUUCAGGAAUAUUCCAAAAAAAACGCCCUGAACCUGAAGCUUCCUGAACCGCUCAAACCUCACGCAGCGUCCAACCCAGCGUUCGUCCCUGAAACGACCGAGAGAUGAAACGUGACGAACCAGUCGAGGGUCACAGAUCAUGACCAGGAACGCAGACGAGCUGAUUUUAAUUUAGAUUUUAAAU